ACGAGAAUCGCCAAAUUGAACGCCUCUUUCAAUUAUCCCUAACCCUAACCCCAAAAUCGCAGCCUCCAGACCCGAAAAGCCAACUCCGAUUCCUUUUUUGCUUUGUAUUUAUCGUUGUCGAAGCUUAGAUCUAACUCCGGCCGAUUACAUCUCCAGCAUCCAAUACGAAAUUCUCGACCCGAGGCAUCUGUGACUUUUGAUAUGGAACAGUUGGAUGAGAUGUUCCAGACUUUCCAGGGUGCACCGAGGGAAAGACGAGAUCCUGAAGCUCACAGGACCAAUGCUCUUAUGGAUUUUAUGAAGUCAAAACCCCCCAUGUUCGAAGGGUCGUCAGACCAUGCAACCGCUGAGAGAUGGUUGAAAGAAAUCAAAGAGAAGUUUGAUACUUUGGUAGUUCCACAAGAAUACCGAGUUGGAUUUGCCACUUAUCUAUUUGAGGGGUCAGUUGAGGAUUGGUGGGACUUGCAUAUGAAUGGUGACGACAUGUCAAAUCUCUUGUGGGAUGAGUUUGAGACUUUAUUUCGAGAUAAAUAUAUCCCCGGGACAUAUAGUGGGAAACUAGUUCAAGGUGACAUGACAGUCGCACAAUAUCAUUCUCAAUUUGUUGAGUUGUCUGAUUGUGACCCUACUGCUGUGGCUGACCCUAUUUUGAAGUGCAUGAAGUUCAAAGAAGGGCUGAGGGCCAAGAUCAGAUCACAAUUGGAUCCAUUGCCUCUGACAGACUUUUCAUUGUUGCUUGCGGCUGCUCUACUCGCAGAAGCUGAUUUCAUCAAGAACUUUGGAGGCAACAACGGAUCCUUGGGUCACAGCAAAGAGAGUGGCAAGAAAGAUAAGUUGCAGAUUCACAAUAAAAAGAUGAGCAAUAAAGACCAUCUACAUGUCCGCAACAAAAAGAUAAGCAAGAAAAACCAGGUACUGGUUUGCCACAAAAAGACGGGCAGGAAAUACCAUUCACAGGUUGGCAACAAAAAGAUGGGAAAGAAAGACCAGUCACAGGUUCCCAACAAAAAGAUGGGCAAGGAAAACCAGUUACAAGUUCGCAACCAAAAGAUCAGCAAGAAAGACCAGAGUUCCAACAAAAAAAUGAGCAAGAAAGACCAGUUACAGGUUUGCAGCAACGAUCCAAGUGCUUGUUAUAUUUGUCAACAGACAGGCCACAUGAGACGAAAUUGCCCGCUUAACCAACAAAAGUCCCUUCUUUCGUCUGGGGGACAACAGAGGAGCCAAUUCAGUUCAGCUUCAGUGGUUACUCACAAUUGCCAGACACAAUCUGCUCUGGACCCGAAUUCAUCAGGUGGAGGAAAAAACCAGAUACACGGUCAAUGUUCCCAAGGAAGCGGUGCCAAUGAGACUGGUGGAUCGUCUGGCCAGCUGAGUGUGUGUCAUUAUUGUCGACAGAUAGGCCACAUAAAACAAAAUUGCCAAGUUUUGAAACAACAAUCCUCAGUUGCCUAUGGGGGACAACAGAAGAGCCAAUUCGAUUCAGCUUCUUCGGGGGCUCAUAAUAGUCAGACACAACUUGUUCCAGAUCAAAAUUUGUCUGGUGGUGAGAAAAACCAGUUACAAGGUCAAAGUUCCCAAGACAACGAUACUAAUGAGAGCAGGGAAGUCCGCCCUAAGUGUCGUCAUUGUAAGCUGAGAGGCCACAUAAAACGGAAUUGCCCAGAUUGGAAGCAAGAAUCCCCACUUGCCUCUGGUGGACAACAGAAGAGCCAAUUCGAUUCAGCUUCUUCAGGUGCACACAAUAGUCAGACACAACCUGCUCCGGAUCUGAAUCCAUCAGUUUGUGAGAAAAAUCAGUUACAAGGUCAAAGUUUCCAAGGCAGCGAUUCUAAUGAGAGCAAGGAAGCCAACCUUAAGUGUAACCAUUGUAGGAAGAUAGGCCACAGAAAAGGGAAUUGUUGUCCCGAUUGGAAGCAACAAUCCCCACUUGGCUCUGCGGGACAACAGAAGAACCAAUUCGAUUCAGCUUCUUUGGGUGCACACAAUAGUCAGACACAACCUCCGGAUCUGAAUCCAUCAGGUGGCGAGAAAAACCAGUUACAGGGUCAAAGUUCCCAAGGUAGCGAUAUCAAUGAGAGCAAGGAAGCCGGCCUUAUGUGUCAUCAUUGUCGACUGCUAGGCCACAUAAAAUGGAAUUGCCCAUAUCGGAAGCAACAAUCCCUAGUUGCCUCAGGGGAACAACAUAAGAGCCAAUUCGAUUCAGCUACUUCGGCUGCUCACAAUAGUCAGACACAACCUGCUCUAGAUCCAAAUUCAUCAGGUGGCGAGAAAAACCAGUUACAGGGUCAAAGUUCCCAAGGUAGCGAUAUCAAUGAGAGCAAGGAAGCCGGCCUUAUGUGUCAUUAUUGUCGACUGAUAGGCCACAUAAAACAGAAUUGCCCAGAUUGGAAGCAACAAUCCCUAGUUGCCUCAGGGGGACAACAUAAGAGCCAAUUCGAUUCAUCUACUUUGGCUGCUCACAAUAGUCAGACACAACCUGCUCUAGAUCCAAAUUCAUCAGGUGGCGAGAAAAACCAGUUACAGGGUCAAAGUUCCCAAGGCAGCGAUACAAAUGAGAGCAAGGAAGCCGGCCUUAUCUGUCAUUAUUGUCGACAGAUAGGCCACAUAAAACGGAAUUGCCCUGAUUGGAAGCAACAAUCCCUAUUUUCCUCAUGGGGACAACAUAAGAGCCAAUUCGAUUCAGCUUCUUCGGGUGCUCAAAAUAGCCAGACGCAGCCUGCUCCGUAUAAUAACUCAUCUUCAUUUGGAUCCACCUCACAACCUCUUGGGAUUCUACUUCAGUAUUACUCUCAGAUGCAACCUCAGGUUUUGGGAUUUCAGCAGACUGAGAACGCUCUUUUGUCUCACAAUAGCCAGACACCGCCUGCUCCGUACAAUAACUCGUCUUCAGCUUCAUUGACAUCCACCUCACAGCCUCUUGGGACUCUACUUCAGUAUUCAUCUCAGAUGCAACCACAUGUUUCGGGAUUUCAGCGGAUUGAGAACGCUCUUUUGUCUCACAAUAGCCAGACACAGGCUGCUCCGUACGAGAAAUCAUCGGCUUCAUUUGCAUCCACACAACAGUCUUUUGGGAUCCUUCCACAGUAUUACCCUCAGAUGCAACCACGGGUCCCAGGAUUUCAGCAGAGCGAGAAUGCUCAUUCGUCUCCGCAAGCAUCUGGGAGCUUUUGUCCACCUUCUGCAGGUGCUAAUAAUAGUUUGACGCAACUUGCUCCGUUCAGGAAUCCGUCAGUAGGCAAGCAAGAAUGGUUACAGGGUCCGAAUUCACAUGGUAGAGGUACUGGUGGGAGCAAUGGAUCUUCAGGUAGAAUGAGACUCCAACCAACUACUUGUCACAUUUGUCAUCAGAUAGGCCACCUGAAACGGAAUUGCCCAUAUGGGCAACAACAAUCCCCUCUUGCCUCUGAGGGACAACAGAGGAGCGAAUUUGGUUUAGCUGACAGCUUCGACUUUUUAAAUUUUUAGUUAUAGUUUUUUAUUCGAUUUUUUUUUUUUUUUUGUUAAGUCACAAUCUGCGGCAAUAUCAAAAUUCAUUGAGGCAUAUUUUACUUAAUUGAUAAAAA